AUGCCAAAUCAGUUGCUUUGUAUGUCGGACUCCAGUGGGGAUGAUCGGCAUACCGUGGGGCUAGUGUUGCCUAUUGACGAUAACGAAUUUGCCGACUUGCUGCAAUCCGUGCAAUCCUCGCAGACUUCGGCAAUAUCAGAGACCCAAGGGCAACAUGGACCAUUACUUGCACCUGUAGCCCCGAUUCUCCCGAAUGUGCUAGCGGCUAGCGCGAAUCAUGUCACUGGCCUACCUACGAGCCCUUCUACAAACCAGGAGAAGCAACAAGGAAAGGAUUGGAUGGACUUUGAGUGGAUGGACGGGGACUAUGAAUACAUUAAGUCGUGGAAUUCUAUGAACGAUUUCAAGGAUGACCAUUUAUCCAAUUUCGGUGGCCCUGUUAAUUCUUGGUUUCAUCAAAUCCCAAUAACGCCCACGCCCAGUUUGCCAUCAACUGAGGCACAUAGUCCUAUCUCGCAAUAUGGCAACCAAGAAGAACUGGAGUGGGCCGAGUACAUUUCUAUGCCACAAGAAGAUCCGACUACUUCACGAAAUAUCGGCCCCGUCGAGUUCAACAACGACGGAGCUGCCAAUGCAGGAGCGGCAACAAGCCCACCUGUUUCUUUUCCGAGCAGCCCUUCGUUUCCCACAGCACCAAUUCUCCAACUACCAGUAAAGCCAAAUACUGUGUCGCCCCCAAUCACAUCCACUGCAGCUACGGCGACUGGCCGCAAAACCUCCUCAAUCCAGAAGCGACAAAGACUAAAAAGUAUAAGCACAUCCCAUUUGCGACCAAAGUUCAAUUCUAUUUUGCCAAGUACCAGCAAUUGCAAUGAUACACCUCCCCUACCUGGGUAUAAUCCUAGCUCGGGACCAGGUUCCAAGCAUAAACAAGACACAGCAGGCCGGGCUAGACGCUCGAGUAAAUCUGACGAGGAAAGUCUGCGCAAAAGACGCACUUAUCAAAGGCUUGCCGAGCAAAAUCGCAGACAGCGGCUCAACUCUGCGCUCAAAGAUCUGGAGGCUCUUCUCCCUUCAAAUUUUACCCAAGAGAAGAACAAAAUAACAUCUGCAGUGCCCAAGACCAUUCCUAGCAGGGAGAAAAGGGAGAAGGCACCUUCUGCGGACCAGACAAAAGUUUGCGUGAUGGAACGUGCUAUUGAGUACAUCAAAAUGUUGCGUACGACCUUGAAUGAAAAAAAUGUGCGAAUGAAGGAGCUGGGUGCUGUUAGCCCAGGCAUCCUGAUGUAA